AUGGCAAAUGACUCUACCACAAUCUUCGCGGUGGAAAAUGACACGUUUAUCGUCAGUACCUUGUCCGGGAAUUUGACUGAUGAAACUUCCUCCAGCCCGAUGACAUCAGGGGAACAUUUAACGAACAUGUUUGAAAGCACAAGUUUCACCACCCCGUAUUGGACGUCUACCACUAUGGGGGACGGUCGAACCUUCCGCUUUGAGGACUACACGCAACGAGCCAUCAUCGGCAUCCUCGUCUGCUUCGUGGCCUUGUCUGGCUUCGUAGGGAACGUCUUGGUGAUUCUGGCCGUUGUCUUAUCAAAGAAGCUUCAGACCCGCACCAAUGCUUUCGUCGUCAACUUGGCUACAACCGACUUGGUGACUUGCACCGCUGCACCGUUUACCGCGGUGGCUCUGUUCAGCAUGACGGGCUGGCCCAUACCAGAGGAGGUCUGUUCUGUCGCAGCUGCUAUUGGGUUUACCAGUAUUGGAUGUAGUGUCAUGAACCUAGCUGCUAUCUCCAUUAACCGGUUCGUGCUCAUCACUAAAUCCAUCGACACUUACCACUCCAUCUACACACCUAAGAAGAUAGCAGCCAUGUUGGUAUUUACGUGGCUCUAUCCAGCAUUAGUCUGUUCCCUUCCAUUCUUUGGUAUCGGUAAAUGGGGUUACUCGGACAAGUACAAGACUUGUACUCAAGACACCUCAGCUGAAUCUAGCGAUACCUUCAGUCUGCUGGGAUCUGCUCUCAUCUACCCAAUUCCUCUCAUCAUCCUGUUCGUCUGUUACUUCAAGAUCUACCGCCACAUCACAGGCCACAUGAAGAAGAUGAUGGGGAAGGGAAUCGAGAUGGAGGGAACUUCCAAUGCCUCCAACGCCAGCAGCACUCAACUACAGAAGAAACCAGCGGGAAGCUUCAGCAAGAGACAGGUACAGAUCACCAAGAAUCUCUUCCUUGUGGUGUGCGCCUUUAUUGCCUGUCUGGCCCCCUUCGCCAUCGCUCUGAUGAUACCGCCCAGCGAUCCGGUCAUCCCGUGGACUGGGGCGAUCAUCAUCUUCAACAGCGCCGUCAACCCUGUCAUUUACGGGGUGAAACACCCGCACUUCAAGGAGGUGUUCCGUCACAUGCUCCGGUGUCGGUACCACUUGAUUCCGGAACCAUCUAGCUGUCUCAGAAAGAUGAGAUCAACAUAGGCACCUAAAACAGUUGCCUCCUCCGUGGACCGUGGCUCUAUAAAAUUUGGGCAAAUGACCCCUUGCACACACGUCACACGCGGCGACUGUGCCACGCUCACCAUUUUUGACGAAAGUGCAAGGUUUAUCCCUUGUGAUUUUUUCCAAUUUCAGCAGCUUUUUGACCAAAAAAAAUUGUGAAGGCUUGCCUCUUGUAAUUUAAUUCAAUUUUAGCCCAUUUUUGACAAAAGCAGUGAUUUUAUCAAUUGUCAGAAUAUUUUGGGCGAAAUUGUUGUGUUAUCAAAUUUAAGCCCAUUUUAAGACGACAUUGCAAGGUUAAAGGCAGUGGACAC